AUGGUAUUAAUUGGAAUAGUUCAUUCUUUUUCUUCCGGAGAAGAAACUAUCAUUGAUUUUUUAAAGAAAGAAGUGUUUAUUUAUAAAAAUGAUCCAAAAUCAGAAAAUUUUAUAAAAGUAGUUAAAGAGAAUUGGAAAGAUCAUUAUGUGAUAAAAAUUAAAACGAUAAAGGAUUUUAAUGUAUAUAGGUUAUAUCCUUUAUUUUUAUUGCUGGCCGUGGAUGAUGAAUUGAGUAUUCGAUUUGGAAAUUUUAACAACAAUGAUUUCGGUGAAUUUUUACAAGAACAUGAUCUUUUAUGGAAUGAAAAUCGUGAAUUAAUUCCUAUGGCAGAUCUUACUAUAAUUCCUUCGAAGAAUGAUUAUUAUGAUAAACUCAUGAAAAUAAUUCCAAACAAUUCAAAGAUACCAGAAAUUAUUCGAUCAUCGAAAGAUCCAUAUUAUAUGCUUUUAGCAGAAGUAAUAGCGAUGAGAGCUAAUUGUAUGAAACGCAAAGUUGGAUGCGUUAUAGUUCAGGACGAGUAUAAAAUUAUAGCAGGGGGAUAUAAUGGUACGGCAAGUGGCUCCGGUAAUUGCAAUGAAGGACAUUGUGAGAGAUGCAACGAUAGAUCCAAAAAUUUAGGAUUAGAUGAUUGUAAAUGUUUACAUGCAGAAUGUAACGCAUUAUCAAUAGCUGGAACGAAUGCAAAAGGAUGUGCAAAAACUAUUAUCCGAGAAAAAAUCGCGAGGGUUGUUUAUGACAAACCUUUCCGUAGUGAAGAGUAUAUGUUGCGAAUCAAACAAAUGUUUGACGAGGCAAACCCUCGAGUAGCUUAUGAGAAAUGUUCACCGAAUAUAACCCGAAUUGGAUUACGUUAUGAUGCAGUCAACUCCUCCAAAA